AGGGGGCGGAGCCGCCCCGGGACUCGCCGGGCGCCGCCGCCGGAGCAGGAAAUGGAGGCGUGAGGGGCCGGGCGGGCCGGGGCUUCCCGCGCCGCAGGGCUGACCGUGGGCUUCCACCGCCGCCCUCCCCGGACCGCCCCCGUCCUGUCCCGCCGCGGCGCGGGGCCGGGCGCCUCGACCCGCCUCAGCCCGGCCCGCCUCAGCCGGCUGCGCGCCCCGCCCCCGCCGCGGGGCCGGCAUGUGAGGCUGCCCGGCGGCGGCGCCUCCCUGCGCGGCUGGGCCGGCGUGGCCCCCGCACCGCUCCUCGCUGCCCGCGGGAGGGGAGGCCCGGCCCGGCCCUGCCCCGGGGCCGGCCCCCGCCGCCGCCGCCCCGGAGCGGUGGAUGGGGCAGCGCGGCCGGCGGUGGGGACGAUGCCGCGGAAGGAGCUGCCGCUGCCCGAGGGCUGGGAGGAGGCGCGGGACUACGACGGGAAGGUGUACUACAUCGACCACGGCAGCCGCACCACCAGCUGGGUCGACCCCCGCGACAGGUACACUAAACCACUAACCUUUGCAGACUGCAUUAGCGAUGAAUUGCCAUUAGGAUGGGAAGAAGCUUAUGACCCUCAGGUUGGAGUUUAUUACAUAGACCACAACACCAAAACUACACAGAUAGAAGACCCUCGUGUGCAAUGGCGGCGGGAGCAGGAGCAUAUGCUGAAAGACUAUCUCGUCCUGGCCCAGGAGGCGAUUGCUGCACAGAAGGAGAUCUAUCAAGUGAAACAGCAGAGGCUUGAACUGGCCCAGCAAGAAUAUCGGCAGCUGCAUGAUGUUUGGGAGCACAAACUGGGCUCUCAGACCAGCUUGCUCUCUGGCUCAUCGUCAAGUUCCAAGUAUGACCCGGAGAUCCUCAAAGCGGAGAUUGCUACUACAAAAUCAAGGGUGAAUAAACUCAAGAGAGAAGUAGCUCACAUGAAGCAAGAGCUCCAGUACAAAGAGCAUGGAUUUCAAACGCUGAAGAAAAUUGACAUGAAAAUGUCAGACACUCAAGGUGGCUACAAACUUGAUGAGGCACAAGCCAUUUUAAGUGAAAUGAAAGCUCUCAAGAAGGCCAUCACAUCAGGGGAGAAGGAAAAACAAGACCUCAUUCAGAGCUUAGCCAGGUUAAAAGACAGCUUUGUGAAUGACAGAGGAUCCCAGUCAGACCUGUGGGCCAGCAGCGUGUCCGUGGAAAGCUCCAGCCCUCUGCUACCCCGGCAGUACCUGGACGUCAGCUCCCAGACAGAUGUUUCAGGAAAUUUUAUUACCAGCAGCAAUAACCAGUUGGCUGAGAAAGUGAGAUUACGCCUUCAAUAUGAAGAAGCAAAGAGAAGAAUAGCAAACCUGAAAAUACAACUGGCUAAGCUUGACAGCGAGGCCUGGCCUGGCGUGCUGGACUCUGAGCGGGAUCGUCUAAUAUUAAUUAAUGAGAAGGAGGAGCUCUUAAAAGAAAUGCGAUUUAUUAGCCCUAGAAAAUGGACUCGAGGAGAGGUGGAGAGACUGGAGAUGGAGAGAAGGCGUCUAGAGGAAGACCUUCAGGCUGCUAGAGACACUCAGAGCAAAGCUCUAACUGAGAGAUUGAAGUUGAAUAGCAAAAGAAAUCAGCUAGUCCGAGAACUGGAAGAAACAACACGAUUAGUCGCGAUGCUGCACACGCAGCUGAAAAGUCUCUCCACCAGCAUGCUUUCCCUCUCCUCAAGCAGCAGCCCUGGUUCUCUUGCAUCUAGCAGAGGAUCUCUUGGCACCUCCAGCCAGGACUCGUCCACCUCAGCCAGUUUCACUGAUCUCUACUACGAGCACCUGGAGCAGUUGGAGCAGUUGGACUCGGACUAUCAAAACAAGCUUGACUUGCUCUUAGAAGGAGCCACUGGAUUCAGACCAUCAGGCUGUAUCACCACUAUUCAUGAAAACGAAGUAGCAAAACCUCACAAAGCAGAUACCACCAGUCGCAUCCAGGCUCUGAGAUCAUUGUCUGGUACUCCAAAAUCCAUGACAUCGCUGUCUCCAAGGUCAUCUCUUUCUUCUCCAUCUCCACCUUGCUCUCCACUGGUGAUAGACCCACUCCUAGCUGGCGAUGCCUUUUCAAGCCAUAUGGAUUUUGAUGAUGCAGAGAUAAGUACAAAUCUCUCAGAACUCACCCUGAACACUGGAAGUGGCAACUGUAGACUGGAAGAGCCUAGAGCAGGAGAUAAACAUCUAGGUCAAGGUAUAAAUGCAGCUGGAGGGACGGCACUGAAGGUGGCGUGUGUGUCAGCUGCAGUGUCUGAUGAAUCUGUUGCUGGAGAUAGCGGGGUAUAUGAGGCGUCUGUACAAAGACCAUGCGUGUCAGAAGUGAUGGUGUUUGACAGUGAUGAUACAGAAGCAGUUGCGACAGCUAAAGUGCAAAUUGCAAUGAGAUAUGAUGACAAAAAUAAACAGUUUGCGAUACUGGUCAUUCAGCUGAGUAAUGUUCCAGCACUGCUGUUACAAGAAGAUCAAAAAGUGAACAUUCGCGUGGCUGUCCUGCCCUGUUCAGAAAGCACAAGCUGCUUGUUUCGCACAAGACCGGUGGAAGCUUCAGACAAUCUUGUGUACAAUGAAGUAUUUUGGGUUUCUAUCUCUUACUCGGCUUUACGCCAGAAGACUUUAAGAGUAGAUGUUUGCACUGUAGAUAAGUCUCACCUUGAAGAAUGUUUGGGUGGAGCACAAAUUAGCCUUGCCGAAAUAUGUAGAUCCGGAGAGAAAUCAACCCGUUGGUAUAACCUUCUUAGUUAUAAGUACCUGCAGAAGCAAAACAGGAAAAGUAAACAAGGAAGCAUUCACUCUGAAGUACCCUGCACUGAAAAAACAGACUCUGUCUCAGCACUCUUAGAGCAGACAGCUGUUGAACUGGAAGCUGUGGAGAAGAAACUGGAGGAAAGCAGAAGCACUUUAACUAGUGGAGAGAGCUGGCAAGACGAAGAGGUUCCUGAUCAGGAAGAACAGGAUGAGAUCAGUGAAAAUGAAGCAGAGGAGGAGGAAGAAUUCUGUGCUGGAAAAUUGCUGUGGGAAACAGAAGAAAGUCUAAAUUCUCAGCUGCACGUGGAAAUAGCAGUGAAGGUGGAUAAAGAGACAAACACAGACAGCCUUGCACAGUCUUCUACCGUAGUUCGUCCAAAAGACAAAAGAGCAGCAAAUCCACCCCAAACUCAGUUUGUCAGAGGUAGCACUAUCAUCCGCUCGAAAACAUUUUCACCAGGACCACAAAGUCAGUAUGUGUGUCGGCUGAAUCGCAGCGAUAGUGACAGUUCAACACUAUCCAAAAAGCCCCCCUUCGUUCGAAAUGCAAUGGAGAGACGAAGCGUCAGAGUGAAACGGCCUUCAAUCAAGUCCUUCGGUACAGAGCGCCUAAUCCGCACUUCGCUAGACCUUGAGCUGGACCUGCAAGCUUCGAAAACCUGGCACGAUCGGCUGGUUCAGGAGAUCUCAGUGCUGAGGGAACUGAAAGAACAGUUGGAACAAGCUCAAAAUCAGGGUGAAAAGGAGUUACCGCAGUGGGUGAAAGAUGAUGAGAGAUAUCGACUGCUGCUGAGGCUAGUGGAAAAACGAGUGGAAAAAGCAGAACACAAGUGUGAGCUCAAGGCCGAUAAAAUGAUGAGAGCUGCUGCCAAGGAUGUCCACCGGCUGCGAGGGCAGAGUCGGAAGGAGCCUCUGGAAGUACAGUCAUUCAGAGAGAAAAUGGCAUUUUUCACACGGCCGAGGAUAAACAUUCCAACGCUCUCUGCGGAUGAUGUGUGAUCACCAUAAAGUAUUUCCUUUCCGGACAAUUCUACAAAAGCAGUUUGGGUUUUGAAGUUAUUUAUGUGGUAUUAUGAAGGUACCGAGGCAUUUGUAUAUUAGAGCUUUUGUCAGUAUGUGGAUGUUUUGAAGAUUUUUAGGUUAAAGUUAUAUCAUCACAGAAACCAGCAUUAAAGUGACAAGAUUGUAUAGUUUGUAUAUUUAGGAAUGUAUUUUUGGGAAAUAGAAUUUUAAAUAAGAACAAAUGCAGCGUAAGGUGCUGUUAUUCUUAAAUAAUGCUGUUUAGACUUUUUGUACAGCUCUACCUUUUAGAGGUUUUACUGCAAUAAAAUAAAUUUGAAGGAACCUCACCCCUACCUUCUAUGAUGUUCUGCACCGGACUCUCCUCCGAGUGAUGUAUUUUGUACCCUGUGGGGAAUGCAGGGAGCCAGUUUUGCCUCCCGAGUGCUGUGAACGAAUUUGCUGUGAGCUGUGAAGCGUUUGUGUUUCCUGCCAGGUCAUAAAAGUGGGUGUGAAGUUCAGGAUACUUGCACUUUUAACAUUUGUACUGCAGCUCAUGUCUGUAAUGGGUCUGUUAAGGUAACUUGGGGAGCCUGUUGAAACCACUGCUGUGGGAGGAGGGCUGCAGGUUUUAAGUCCAUUUUAGGUUUUUCCAAUAAAGUGACCUUUCUGGACAAA